CAGGACCAUCCGGCCCUCUGUACGGCUUCCGCAGCAUCCAAUCCGCAGCUCACUCAAGGUCUCCUCAUAUUCCUCCUUUCCAACCUCAUGAGAAGUAUCCAACCACGAGAUCGCCUCCUGAAUCGCCUUAUGAAGGUCUUGAACCAUGUGAAGCAAAUUUUAAGUGCACAACUUGAGAUCGUUCUUGGCCGCAACGGCCUUGCGCUCGAUUUCCUCCUCCGACUUGUCUGGUCGAAACGUUCAAGAUGCCAUAUCGAAUAUGACCCCAAUCCCACGUUGGAUACCAGAAAGCUCGAACUUGCCGAGGAGAUUGUUGUCCUUGGCGGGUGCGCUCUCACCUGGAUCAACACACUAGAGUGGUUGUCGGAAUCGACAGAGACAAUCUCAAAUCGCUUCAUCGGCACGAUAGAGGAGCGACAUCAAGAAGGUCUCCGAGGCAUCGCCAGAAAGGAUAACUGCCUGGACGGUAGCACCACGAGCGACGGCCUCGUCAGGGUUGAUCGACUUGGUGGGCUUUUCAUUGAAGAAGUUCGAGACGAGUUUGUUGAUGCGAGGGAUACGGGUGGAGCCACCGGCCAAGACGAUCUCAUGGACCUUGGACUUGUCAGUUUUGGAAUCACAAAGAACCUUCUCGACGAGUUCGAGGGUGCUACCCUCAUGGCUCGACUCGAAGCCUGA